AUGGGAAAUGAUGAUUCCAUUGGAGGAAAUGUAAACAAAUAUAUGGUACUUCCAAAUGGUUACUGUGGACAAGCCAAGAAAGGUCAUCUUGUCUUUGAUGCAUGCUUUGAAAGUGGUAACCUUGGCCGGGUGGACCAGGUCUCUGAAUUUGAAUAUGAUCUAUUCAUUAGGCCUGAUACCUGUAACCCACGCUUUCGAGUCUGGUUCAACUUUACUGUGGAAAAUGUGAAAGAAUCACAGAGGGUCAUUUUCAACAUUGUUAACUUCAGUAAAACAAAGAGUCUUUAUAGAGAUGGGAUGGCCCCUAUGGUGAAAUCUACCAGCAGACCAAAAUGGCAAAGGCUGCCACCUAAAAAUGUGUACUACUACCGCUGUCCAGACCAUCGGAAGAACUAUGUGAUGUCCUUUGCAUUCUGUUUUGACCGAGAAGAAGAUAUUUACCAAUUUGCUUACUGCUACCCGUAUACGUACACUCGCUUCCAGCAUUACCUUGACAGCCUCCAAAAGAGAAACCUGGACUAUUUCUUUCGGGAGCAGCUGGGCCAGAGCGUGCAACAGCGGCAGCUUGACCUCCUGACAAUAACCAGCCCUGAUAAUCUCCGGGAAGGGGCAGAGCAGAAGGUGGUAUUUAUCACAGGACGAGUCCACCCAGGGGAGACUCCUUCUUCCUUUGUAUGCCAAGGGAUCAUUGACUUCCUUGUGAGCCAGCACCCGGUUGCCCGUGCUCUUCGAGAACACCUGGUCUUCAAGAUUGCACCAAUGCUCAACCCUGAUGGAGUCUACCUGGGCAAUUACAGGCCAGCCUCUCCCAGAGCCACCCUGUGGUCUACAGCAUUGUUUCCAGGGUUUGAUGGGACUUGCCAGGGUCUUACUGUGGGUGGGGGAGAAUUCAGAGUGCAAAAAACAAGUUUGGAAUUCUAUAUUGACAUCCACGCCCACUCCACCAUGAUGAAUGGCUUCAUGUAUGGCAAUAUCUUUGAGGAUGAGGAACGGUUCCAAAGGCAGGCUAUUUUCCCCAAGCUCCUUUGCCAGAAUGCUGAGGACUUCUCCUAUUCAAGCACGUCCUUCAACCGGGAUGCAGUGAAGGCAGGGACUGGCCGACGCUUCCUCGGUGGGCUCCUGGACCACACUUCCUACUGUUAUACCCUAGAGGUCUCCUUCUACAGCUACAUCAUAGGGGGCACCACAGCUGCUGUGCCCUACACUGAAGAAGCCUAUAUGAAGCUGGGACGGAAUGUGGCGAGGACGUUCAUGGAUUAUUACCGCCUGAACCCCCUAGUCGAGAAGAUGACCGUCCCCGUACCUAGACUGCGGUUCAAUGAGGAGAAAAAGCUGGGAAGUGAGCAUCCAUCUUGUCUGAGGGCUGGACAACAGCCCAACUCACUGAGUGUUCCCAUGUCUGCUGGUGGACAGUCCAGUGAGUCCACUGACAUCCCAUGGCAUCUGGAAUGUUCUAAAACUGCCGUACCUCUGGGCCUCGUCUCCUGUUCCUCUAGUAGUUCAGCUUCCUGGAAUGACACAACAAUGUCCAACUCCCUGUUCCUGCCAGACCAUUCUUUCCACUAA